AGGAGGAUAAAUGUUUAUUUUGUUUUUCGAACUGGAAAUUCGCACUUACUCUCAAUAAUGCACUUUAAAGUCUCUCCACUCAUUUUGUCGAUAUGAAGCAUCUGCGGGAAAAUUUCUAACAACUAUUCUAUAGGGAUCCGGUGGAGGACCUUUGGAAGACAACUGUACUGCGUUCUUAGUACGAUCAAUAGCACAAGGAUGGACUAGAGGCUCUGUCCUCGCUGUAGAUGCCGGAGUACAUCUAUCAGCCAUCCAAAAUCUUCUCCAACAAUAUCAACCACUACCAUCCGAACGACCACACGUACUCCAAGAUGGACUUUUAGCAGGAUUAGAACUGCCUUAUAAUUCCGCCGGCGCAAAUACUGCUCACAUAGCACGAAACCUAAUCGGAGCUCAUCUCAUCACCCAUCCACACAUCGAUCAUAUCGCGGGUGGGGUGGUCAGCACCGCAAGUCCUAGUUCUAAGCCGAGGAGAAUUGCCGGGUUGGCUAGUACGAUUGAGGCGUUGAAAGAUCAUGUUUUUAACGAUGUUAUUUGGCCGAAUUUGACGGAUGAGAAUGGUGGUGUGGGAUUGGUGACUUUUAUGAGGUUGAUGUCUGGGGGUUCGUCGCUCUUGGGUGAUGGCGUCACGAAGGGGUAUAUGGAGGUUGUGGAGGGACUUGGUGUGAAGUCUUGGGCUGUUAGUCAUGGACUUUGUUCUAAGCCUUUUCCCUGUAUGUAUUUUCCCGUUUUAUAUAUGUUUUUAUCUUGCAGAGGUGUGGAGUUGGGAUUGGAUCCUGGUCUUCCGAAGCAGAUAUCUAUCUGGAACACUUCCCCCUCUCCCUUUUCAUCUAUAUCGUACUAACAAACCUCUCAAUUUCUAGAUCAAACAUUAAAUAACCCCACGAAGGAUACUGACCUUGGCCGAUCUCAAUCCCGAGCACUCGACCACAUCCCCGCACCCCUCAUCGCAAACGCAAUCGACAGCGUAAACAAAAGCCUAGGCAUGAACCUCACCGCCCCAGCCCCCGACCGCUUCCGCGUCUACACCAGCUCAGCAUUCUUCAUCCACGACGUAGCCAGCAGCCACGAAAUCCUCAUUUGGGGGGACGUAGAACCGGAUUCUCUCUCUGCCUCUCCACGCAACGCCCAAGUCUGGCAAGACGCCGCUCCGAAGGUCGCAGCCGGAAACCUCAAAGGCAUCUUCAUCGAAUGUUCCUACGACGACAGUCGCAGCCCCGAAAUGUUAUUCGGACAUCUAACCCCCCGCUACCUCAUGGAAGAGCUCAAAGUCCUCGCAGCAGAAGUCGAAAAAUUCCGCGGGGAUUCUUCACCCCGUCGCCGCACGCGCGACCGCUAUAUCACACAAGGACGUGUUUCCAGCCUCGAGGCAAGUAGUCGCUUAGAAUAUCUCCGCAAAUCAAUCGCCAAGCGCGAGAAAGAUAGGAUUCAGGGUAUGCGACCAUCGUUGGCGACGGCGCCGAAUUUCUUCUAUUCCCAUAGGAGGGGCUCGCUUGUUGGACCGCUGGAGGGUGUCAAGGUCGUUAUUAUUCAUGUGAAGGAUACCUUGGAUGAUAAGGAGGAUGUGAAGGAGGUUAUUUUAAGGGAGUUAGGGAAUCAUGAGGAGGAGCUUAAUUUGGGGUGUGAGUUUGUGGUUAGUGAGAGGGGGAUGAGUGUUUGCUUGUAAAUUGUUCUUUUUCUUUUUUUUUGGUUUUUGGUUUUGGUGCUGUGGUUUUUGUUAAAGGGGUGGGAGUUUCCUUUAUCUAAGCUGGCGUUUAUUUGAUUGUGUGGAUGGAUAGUUAUAUAUUGGUAUAGGUAUAUUUUAUAUGGUUUGGGAGGAGGGGUUACGGGUUACGAGAUUUGUAUCUUGGUGGAAGACCCUCAUUGGGAAUAUAUAACAUAGGAGGAUCGCUGGCUGGCUAUAUUUGGCAAAAGUCUCACGACAUGGUGUAUAGGUAAAUGUUGGUAUGAGAGGU